GUAUGCACGUCAUUUUGGUGAAGACGAGUUGUCAUUUUUCGAGAGGGAUUUUAUAAUUUUAACAUCGACUUUGAAAUGCUGCCAUGUUGUGAUUUGCUAAUACGUCAUUGGUUGGUGCAGUGUCAGGCUCUAGAGAGACUGAUGAGGCCGCGAUUUGACGCGAAGAACUGAAGACGGAACAAGUCAUCAAAGCUGCUGUCCCACUCUAGAGUCUUCAUUUCCCAAGUGGGGGGGGGGACCACGGCAACAAACAAACACUGAAGCUCUCGUCCCUGGGGUUGGGAAAUUUAAGCAGUCACCAGACUAAACAACAUUUAAACAAAAGCUAGAUUCUGUCUAGCUGUUGGACCCCUGUCAAACAUGAAGCGAUUAAAGAGGAGACUGUCGAGUACUUUUCGGACGAACUCGGUGAUUGAGGACUCGCUUUCAGAACUCACAGAAAGUAUGAGUAUAGAAGAAAAUGGCAACGGGGCAAGAGAAGAUAUAGUGCAAGAGAACGGUAUGAGAGGGUCCGAUGGGGAGAGUGACCAAACGUCUGGAGCUUCAGAUGAAGCCUACACACCAGUCAAACUCAGGUCCAGACCACAUAAUAGACUACAGCGAAGAUUUAGUGAAGACAUCUCAAAGAGGUUAUCCUUGCCAGCUGACAUGAGGUUGUCAGAUCAGUUCCUAGAGAAAUAUAGUCUUAGUCCUCCGUUUGAGAAGAUGAGCAGACGGUCAAGAAGAACUUCACUGUCUGAAAUUGGGUUCGGCAAGAUGGAAACUUACACCAAGCUGGAUAAACUAGGCGAGGGUACUUAUGCAACAGUAUUUAAAGGAAGGAGCAGACUGACGGACAACCUGGUAGCUCUUAAAGAAAUCCGUCUGGAACAUGAAGAAGGGGCGCCUUGCACUGCAAUAAGAGAAGUUUCUUUAUUGAAAGGCUUGAAGCACGCAAACAUCGUGACGCUACAUGACAUCGUCCAUACAGAAAAAUCUCUCACACUAGUCUUUGAAUAUUUGGAGAGAGAUCUGAAACAGUACAUGGACGAUUGUGGUAGCAUCAUGAGCAUGAACAACGUUAAGUUAUUUUUAUUUCAACUCCUACGAGGCCUCGAGUAUUGUCACAAGCGUCAAGUCCUUCACAGAGAUCUUAAACCACAGAAUCUACUCAUCAACGACAACGGCGAACUCAAGUUGGCAGAUUUUGGGUUGGCCAGAGCAAAGUCCGUCCCCAGCAAGACGUUUUCCAACGAGGUUGUCACUCUUUGGUAUCGUCCACCUGAUGUUCUCUUGGGAAGUACAGAGUAUUCAACCUCCAUUGACAUGUGGGGUGUUGGCUGCAUCUUCUACGAGAUGGUAUCAGGGCGACCCCUCUUCCCCGGCUCGACAGUCGAAGAUGAGCUCCAUCUGAUCUGGAAGGUCCUAGGCACCCCGACUGAAGAGACAUGGCCCGACAUCUCAUCAAACGAGGAGUUUCUCUCGUAUAACUUCCACCAGUACCGACGGGAGCCCAUCGUCAAUCACGCCCCGCGGCUGGACGCAGACGGACAGUGUUUAUUAAGUAAACUAUUACAGUACCAAGGCAAGAAUAGAAUAUCUGGUCACAACGCUAUGAGGCAUCCAUUCUUCAAUGGCUUCGGCCCUCGAAUCACGCAGCUAGGAGAUGAGGAGUCAAUCUUUGAGCUUGAGCAAUGUAAAUUGGAGAAAGACCCUGGAAUCCGGUCUUCAGCUGUACCAGUGCAAGAUACUAUCCAGGACUCCACUACCACAAACAUGACAAAGCAUGCCUAUGCAAACUGUGGAAGGUCCCACUCGUGGCAGACGACAAAGCAUGGUGUACUGAACACAUGAUGAUGGGUUCAUCUACGUAACAGAAGAAGCUUACACUUGCGUCAUUUAUUUGACAAGAUUUACCCUUAAACUCCGCCCCUCAUGUACCUCCAAGCGUCAUACAUAGUCCCCCCUCCCCGCCUCCAGAAUCAACCAGUUGGGAGAUUUAUGUCAAGUUCUCGUAAGGAUCGACGGUUAACAAGUGGUUGUUUAGUGACGUGCGUUUGUUAUAACUGCGAACAACACUUGUCAUGUCAUUACAGGGCGAUCUGCAACUUUACGCACGCUAUCAUUUUGUUUUAACUGGUCUACUCUGCACUGUGCUAUGAAACUGUUUAUUGUUAACCAGCGAUGCGACCAUACCUGGUAGGUUAGUUCCAAAUAGUCACCUAGCGUAGACCGACUAGACAGGGUCAAACUAUGGUCGACAAUAGUCCUUGCACAAACUUGGCCUUGUUUUUUCCCCUUUUUUUUCUUUUAAAGCUACAAAGGGUGCUGUUCUGAGCCAGUGACUUCAAGCAAGACAUACCCCCUGCAUGAGGCACUGGCUGUACUUUUUAGUGCAUUUGAUUGGUUAGUUUGUAUAGUGAUGUGAGCUUCCUUCAUCAGCUGCUUAAAUGUAAAGUUUAAAGUUGAACGACUCCAAAACUUGGAGACCAGUAUCAAUCUGGUUUAUUUUCGGGUAACUCUGCAUAUGGUCAUUGGGUCCUGGGACUAGAAUUGAAAGUUGCAAGGCUAUGCAGUGUGCUAAGGGCAUGGUGAAAUGUAGAUAGAAACCAGUGACCGAUAACAGAAGGUGUAUGGUACCCAGGCUAUGGCUUAAUGAUGACACAGUCAUUGUAGGACAAGAUAAAAUAAAGCUAAACAGGAGGUAUGGUCUGCGGGUUUACACUUUGUGAAAGCACAUUAUGGUUUUGGAAGCAGUUUUUUGUACAGUGAGUAGCUGUCGUCUGUAUAGGCCGCAAAUAUGAGUAGCUCACUCUUUUGAUGAGACGGCUAUUAGCCAACACACCCUGUUCACAAC